GUGAACAGAAAGAGCUGAGACCAGGCAGAACACGUUGAAUAAAUAUUGAAAUCCUGAUACUUCAGGUGGCAUGGAGGGCCAUAGGAUUGGAGUUAUCUGUUCUCUGUUUUGGGAUCGAAUUUUCACGGAGUCUCAUUUCUUUCCUUUUUCACUAUCCCUUUGCCGCAUAGGAGGGGAGAGGAGUGGGGAGGGAGUGAGAGACCUGAGGGGGAGGCAGAGAUAAGUGUAGUAUUGACCGCUUUCCUUUAAAAAUCCAGGCCGGCCCAGAUUUCCCAGAGGCUCUUGAGGCGACUUCAGACUCCACCCCCUUUGUCUUCCGGUUCUGGUCUCCGGCUGUAGCGUUUAAAUCUCGCGCGCUUCACAUGGAUUGGCUACAUCUGGGAGUGGUUGGCUGUCCGCGUGCCGCCACUCCUCCUCGCCUUUUUACCCGGGCAAAGGGUUUUCAAAUUUGACCAAUCGGCGGGCGCGCUCCCUCAGCCGAGGCACGUCACUGAAGGGUUAAUCGCAACCAACCGGAGGCGGGUAUUAGAGAAAAGAGCCAAUCAGGAGGGCGCGGAGGUGUGCCCUGGGGGCUUAUAAGGGCGGCCUGUGGGCGCGCGCGGCGGCAGUUGGACUGCGGCGGGCGGCUCCUCGUUGGCGUUCUCGAGGCGGACCUCUUCUCCGUUUUUCUACCUCGCGCACCAUGUCGGGCCGCGGCAAGACCGGCGGCAAGGCCCGCGCCAAGGCCAAGUCGCGCUCGUCGCGGGCCGGCCUCCAGUUCCCGGUGGGCCGCGUACACCGGCUGUUGCGGAAGGGUCACUACGCCGAGCGGGUCGGCGCCGGCGCGCCGGUGUACCUGGCGGCGGUGCUCGAGUAUCUCACCGCGGAGAUUUUGGAGCUGGCGGGCAACGCGGCCCGCGACAACAAGAAGACGCGGAUCAUUCCCCGCCACCUGCAGCUGGCCAUCCGCAACGACGAAGAGCUCAACAAGCUGCUGGGCGGCGUGACGAUCGCUCAGGGAGGCGUUCUGCCCAACAUCCAGGCCGUGCUGCUGCCCAAGAAGACCAGCGCCACCGUGGGGCCGAAGGCACCCGCGGGCGGCAAGAAGGCCACCCAGGCCUCCCAGGAGUACUGAGGGGCGCCCGCGUCGCCCCAGGCCGCCCGGCCCCCCAAUGCCACCACAAAGGCCCUUUUAAGGGCCACUACAGCCCUCACGGAAAGAGCUGGGCCACGCCGGGCUCCGGGACGAGCGGCCGCGGCGCUCGGCCUCCCCUCCUCAUCCCCGCCGCCGCCGCCCGCCCCUCCCCCUCGCGGGCCCCGGCUCCCGUUCUCCGGAGAGGGGCGGCCGCCCGGCCCCGGCUCUGCUCGGCUGGCACCCCGGAGCUCGUGACUCGGCCGGCCUGUCCUCGGAGCCGCCGAUGGGCCGCGGGGAGCCGCGGCGCCUUCUGGAAGACUUGGCUGGCCGCUCUGACGCAGGGCUGAGCUGAGGCGCGCGGCGGGCCGGCGGCCGCCAGCAGACCCCUGCAGCCUGGUCGUCCGGGACUUCUCCAGCUUGGUGCUUGGUCGGGACCUGUCAGACAGGACUGCGGAUUUCCAGGCUCCGGUGGGGAGAAAUGGAUCGCUUCGUGUGUCCUGGUGCCCCUUUUGCUGCCCCAUCCGGGCUUUCGCAUCAGCCUCCUCCAUUCUCAUCCGCGGGCCUGUGCGGUGUGGCCAGGACGGAGCACUGUAACGGGGACAUCUCUCCUCCGGAGACGACUGCCUCCCAGGAGGAGCUGGGGGGAGGGGCGAGGUCUCCGGUCCGGGUCCCCGGCCGGCCGUGUGGACAGCGGGAGUUGUGCGCGCUGCUGCGGCCGCCCGGCAGCGAGGCCUUCGGGCCUGCCCACUCCGCCCCGCUUCCCUUCCAGCAGCUCCGCUCGGCAAGCCAAGCUCCUAGAUACCAGCACAAGUCCGUUAGUCCCGUCUGGACUGAGCCUCCGGCUUUUGAACUGGAAUUUUGCAGCUAACCCAUCCAAGACUAGUACCUUAGGUAUUGGGGAGUUUGAGAUGGACUAAUUUUGUUUAUUAAAGGGUUGUUUUUUAAGAA